AUGAAACAAUGUGGAUCCGACAAAACGCGGCCUUCGCGACAAGAUGCAUUCGUAACCAAAAAACAACUGCAGUGCCCGGUCUGCGAGGGCACGCACGGAGUCUGGGCAUGCCAAAGGUUCAGAGAAAAGGAAGUCUCUGAGCGCGUCACCUUCGUCCAAGGGGCACCAAUUUGCAGUAACUGCCUGCGCAACGGUCACACAAUCGAGCAAUGUCAAUCAGGUUCAUGCCGAGUUUGCCACCGACGUCACACGUUGCUACACAUGUCCGGAGAAACAAUAGAAAUCAAAACCCAACCAGUCCAAGAGUGA